GCUUGUUGAUUUGCUGAGAGAUUUUAGAGAUUUUGGGUAGUUGGUCCACCAGUGCAAUGUCUAAAUGUCUGCAUAUGCUAAUGUUCAUUUCGUAUAUGAAUCCAAUAAUAAAUAGAAAACAGCAAAGAAAGAGAAGGCAUCUUUCAGCAGAGUGGUUAGAAAUCAGACAUAGAUUAGACCAAGCCAUUCGCUUAACGAAAAAUAGAGAAAGCAGUGUUUCCUUCUCAGGAGACCAAAUUACUCUGCAUCUCAUCCAUUAAUUAUUAUAUUUUAGUUCUUCUGCUGUUAGUUGGAUUAGCAUGUGAUCUGCUUUACUAGCUCUAAUUUUUUUUUAUCACCAUCGCGGGCUUGGAUCUUCCCACCUCCAAAAGAAAUGGGAUUCAUGAGGCUUUUCUUUCUUCUUCAAUUUUGAUCCAGCCCAAUCAAAUCAUUUUCAAGCCUAAAGCCUAAAAGAAAACUGGGACUCUGGACUGGGCAGUGAUUUUAUAGUAAUAUAGGUAGAAACUACGUCGUCGUUCCUGUAACGGUUAAACCCUUGAUGGUGGGGUUUUAUACUUGGUUAGAGUGUCGGUUGCUUCGGUUCUCUGCUGCGAAACCCUAGUUUUCCAGCAUUUGAGUACCUCCCCUUUUGCUUUCUGUUGUAGUUUUUGUUUUUAUAUAUAUUGUUGAUUCACCAUAAGGGUCAAUUAUGUCUCAAAAUAACCUUCAAUCCGAUUCAUUGCAAAACCCCAGAGUGACUUGGGAGGGUUGCAGCGUCUUGCUCGACAUCAACGACGGCGACCGGCUGGUAUUUGCUCGUCUCACAUCAGGCUCCACUUUGAAAAUUGGAAACAAAAAAUUUUCUUUGCGGCCUUUAAUCGGUUGUCCCUUCGGUUCUUUGUUCCAAACUAAAAACGGGAAGGAAGGGCCCUGUUUAUCUCGUUUUAUUCCGUCCACAGAAGGUAAUAAUGCUGAAGAAAAAGGUGAUUGUGAAAUAAUUAAUGAAUCCAGGGACAAUCGAGCCAUAAUUGAUAAUAAUAAAGCGCAAAGCCUAACUGGCGAAGACAUAGAUGCAAUGCGGAGACAGGGUGCAAAAGGUGAUGAGAUAGUUGAAGCUCUCAUUGCCAAUAGUGCUACAUUUGAAAAGAAAACUUUAUUCUCACAAGAGAAAUAUAGGCUUAAGAAACAAAAAAAGUAUGCACCUAGAGUACUUCUAAGGCGACCCUUCACUCGAAGCAUAUGUGAGGCAUACUUCAAGAAGUAUCCUGCUAGAAUUGGAUUCCUGCGAGUAGAUGCAUUGUCUCUGCUGCUUUCAAUGACUAAUGUCACUGCCAAAUCUGAUAUCCUGGUAGUGGAUAUGGUUGGUGGCCUUCUUACUGGUGCUGUAGCUGAGCGUUUAGGAGGUACAGGUUAUGUGUGCAAUACAUAUCUUGGAGGUACACCACAGUCGAUGGAUAUAGUAAGAAUGUUCAACUUCAACAAUGAUAUUUGCAAAAGGAUUGUGCGGGCACCUCUGAAUGACCUCCGUUUAGCUCAAAGUGGAACUUCUAAACAAAUUGGUACACAUGAAGAUGCGCCUGAUAUGGAGUCAAAUGGUCUAACUUCAUCAAUCAACAUGGAGGAAGUAUCCAAGUCAUCUGAGCAUAAAGUUACAGAUCUAGAUCCAGAUGCUAAUGUUUCUCCCACAAGCAAAAUGAGCAAAGCCCCUAAAGCUGGAGAAAGUGCAUCACAAGAAGCCUUGAAAUUGUGGGGUGAAAAUGGUUUUUCAAGCCUAAUAAUUGCAGCUCCAGAUCUAGAUCCUUGGAGCUUAGUCAAAGAUCUCCUGCCACUUGUAUCAUAUUCGGCUCCAUUUGCUAUCUACCACCAGUAUCUUCAGCCUCUUGCAAAUUGCAUGCACAAUCUACAGCUUGGGAAAAUGGCAAUUGGUUUGCAAAUUUCAGAGCCUUGGCUACGUGAAUAUCAGGUUCUUCCUUCGAGAACUCAUCCAUGCAUGCAGAUGAGUGCAUUUGGUGGUUACAUCCUAAGCGGGACAAGGAUAUGUAGCAGCUAAUCCCUACUUCAAAAGAACAAAUGGAUAAUACUAUGCUCAUUCAUGCAUGGGGCUCGUCUUCGGCAAGCAAAGCAGCUGCCCACCAAAUGCAUGCUAGAUUUUCAUUGAUAUUUACUUUUGUUUGCAAAUUUGUGCCAUUCCAUGAUUUGGGAACUUGCAAUGCUGCAAGUUAAUUUUUUUCCAUGGCCGUAUUGCAAUCUAGCUUGCAUGACUUGAUUUGUUGUAAUAACAUCCAGCCUAUACUGUUGUCUUUUCUCUCA